AUGAAGCCGAAGUUCUGGUGCUAUCCGGCAAAAUUUCUUUUAACCUGUGCUGAUGACAUCGUCAUCACCUCGGAGCUGCAGCCCGUGGUGCGGCGGGACCGAUUCUCCAUCAGCGACAAUCGUGCACGGAAGAUAUUCACGGUGACUGUGGAGGACCUGGCUGAGGGUGACACGGGCACCUACCUCUGCGGGGUGCGAAGGGGCACAUUCCGGCCUGAUGAGAGUCAUGGUGUGAAGGUGAUCGUGUUCUCAGGUGUCUCCGCAGGCUGCUGGGCGGUGACGGGGCCCCGCACCGUGCUGGGAUUCCUCGGGGGGUCCCUGUCGGUGAACUGCAGAUACCAGCGCGGCGAUGAGAUGAAGCCGAAAUUCUGGUGCUAUCUGGCAAAAUUUCUUUUAACCUGUGCUGAUGACAUUGUCGUCACCUCGGAGCUGCAGCCCGUGGUGCGGCGGGACCGAUUCUCCAUCAGCGACAAUCGUGCACGGAAGAUAUUCACGGUGACUGUGGAGGACCUGGCUGAGGGUGACACGGGCACCUACUUCUGCGGGGUGCGAAGGGGCACAUUCCGGCCUGAUGAGAGUCAUGGUGUAGAGGUGAUUGUGUCCCCAGCCCCUACUCCUUCCUCCACAGCAUCACCCUAUUCCCCAACCGCUGAGGACAACGAUCUCACUAGCUCUGGAGAGGAUACCUUGAACUACGCGGACGUUAAGCACCGCAGGGGCACAGCCGAGAGCCAGUUGUACAGCAAUGCCGAGGCUUUCCGCGGUUUGGUAAACACCACGACCGAAUACACGGAGGUCAACCCGAGCUAUGAGAAUUUGGAAGAGGAAAAAGAUGCUAUGUAUGCCAGAGUGCGGAAGUCCCCGCCGAAGAACCAGGAGAUCUACGCCAACGUGCCGUCAGUCCCACGGCCCAGAGAAGAGCCCCACAGCGCAGUGCGGAGGGCAUGA